AUGUUUGGACAAAAUGAGGAUGAGAAAAUGGACGAGAAAUCGAACCCUUUGGUCUUUGAGACCACGACCAUCACGUUCUUCAUAAUCCUCCUCAUUUGCUUCAUUUGUAUUCUCCUCUUAUUGGCAGUGUUUUUAUAUAAAUGUUUCAGAGGAAAGAAUGAAGAGUCAGUGAAUCUACUUUGUACCGAUGAGAACGAAGGUGAAGAUUGUUUAGCUGCUAACGUGGAGAUGAACAAACCCGAGGAUCAAGACAAGGUCCUACUGCACUUGGUAAACAUGGACAUGCCUGUGAGACCUGGCAUCCUCGUCCAAAGACAGAGUAAGGAAGCCACGGCCCCACACUUAAGAGAGAACAUCGAAUUCGAAGAGGACAAAAACAGACAGAUAUUCGAGUCUGCGAAUGUUAGAGAAACCAACUACAAGGGUGAGAUCGUUGAGAGAACACCCACGCGUGCCACCUUAACUCCUUCAGUUAUCGAAAGCCAAAAAAGACCUCUGAAAGGAGUGACGUUUUCUAAGGAGGUGAUUGUUGUGGAUCUUGGAAAUGAAUAUGCCAGACCUCGAAGCUAUGCUCGAGAACAUAAAGAGAGAAAGUAA